AUGGGGAAGGAAAAGCCCGGUUUUCUCACUCCCAAGGCGAUUUCUAAUCGCAUCAAGUCCAAAGGUCUUCAGAAGUUGCGAUGGUACUGCCAGAUGUGCCAGAAGCAAUGUCGCGACGAGAACGGCUACAAGUGUCACACCAACUCGGAGUCGCAUCAUCGCCAGAUGAAAAUCUUCAUGGAAAAUGGUGGCAAAUUUAUCAGCAGUUUCUCAUCCGAAUUCCUCAAAGGCUACCUGGACAUUGUGCGCCGCCAAUUCGGCGGAAAACGGGUCCACGCCAAUGUUGUGUACCAGGAGUACAUUAAAGACAAGGAGCACAUCCACAUGAAUGCCACACGCUGGCACUCACUCACCGGCCUCUGUUUGUGGCUGGGCAAACAGGGCAUAUGUCGUGUCGAUGAAACAGAAAAGGGCUGGUACAUCGAGUACAUUGAUCAGGACCCUGAGGCUGAAAGUCGCAGAGCUUCGGAUGCGCGUUUGAUGAAAACCGAAGACGAGAUUAACCGCCAAUUCCUUGAAAGACAGAUCGAAAAGGCCACCAGUAAUAAAUCAGCAGCUGUAAAGGAGGAGACGAAGGAAGCGAAGCCGCUUGUUCGGAAAGACGAAGAUGAGCUGAUUAAACUCGAUCUCAAACUCGCUCCGGUCGUACCCAAGGUCGAAUGCGUUGUUGAAGAGGGUAAGGAGCAGUCAGAGCUGGAUGAAAAGGUCGAAACUGUGGUGCAGACGGGAGAACGGUCCUCGGUUGAUAGUGAACCUACAAAGACGCCUGAAUCCGCAUCCCCUCCGAAAACCUCUGACGCGGAAAACAAGUCAACGUUUAUUCCCAGAAAGCGCCUUAAGAGGCAGCCCCUCUAUCCUAAUUGCGGCGAUUGUGAUGUAGAUUUGGUGACGUACGGCGCUAACUUUGCCUGUUUCUUGUUGCAAUCAAAGCAGAAUCCCCUCCUUUUGGCUGAGAAAAAGGCCCACGAAAACCGGAUCCACUCGACCUCAGCACCCUCCUCGUCCGCCGGUGGAAAACGCAGCGCCCUCGACGAGCUCAUGGCCGAGGAGGAGAUGUUUAAGGAGAAACGCAACCGCAAAGACUACUGGAUGACCGUGGGGAUUGAAGUCAAGCUGAUUCACCACAAACUGCCCCAGAACCUGCUCUAUCGCCACGCCGUGGUCACCGACAUGGAAGACGACUACACGGCCAUCGUACGGGUGUUAAAUUCCUCCAAGACAAAGUUGAAGGUCGAUCAGGACCACGUGGAAACCGUUAUCCCCCCGGUUGGUGACCCUGUUCUUGUUGUCAACGGUGCUUAUCGUGGUGAAGUGGCCAUCCUUCAACACGUCGACAAGGAACAAUCACAGGUCGAUAUGGUUAUUGAAUCGGGUCUUUGUCGUGGUCGCGUUGUUCGCAACGUCUCCAUGGAGGAUGUCUGCAAGGCCUACGAAGAAGACACGCGAUGA